AUGGAUGGAUUAACAUGGUUAAUUAUGUCUUGGCUUAUCGUGGGCAUAUUGUGCUAUUUUAUGCUUGCUAAAGUAGGUACGUCUCAGACGACAGUAACUACUGGGAUAAAUGAUACUACAAUCAAGUCCCGUGCUACUUCCAGCAAAUGGAUUAAUGAUCAGUAUUCAAUAGAUUGGUUAAAUGAUAUUAUCGGUUGGUUAUUCAAUAAUAUGCACCGUGUACCGGAUACAUUGCAAGCUUGGAUAAUAGCUAUGAACGAAGCUGCUAAAAAAAUUUCUAUACCUGGAAAAUUUGAAGUAUUAUUUGAAGGUUUCAGUGAUAAUAGGAAUGUUACAAGAGCGCCACGUGUCACUGAUAUUCGCUUACAACAGUCACCGAAUGAUCAUCUUAUUAUGAAAGGUAAAAUUAGUAUACCGGAAGUAAACCUCAAACUGAUGAGUUCGCAACGAACGGGCGAUCGAUUAUUAGUUACCAGUUUUGAUGCAAAGAUUAUCGACUUGCACGGCGAGAUAGAAUUACACUUGGCAUGCAUUGCGAAUCAAAUUUACAUGAUGGCAUGCUUUUGUGGAAGACCUGAAUUAGACAUAGAACUGGUAAAUAGGGAUCCUGCACCGACCGGAACGGUUUCGAAUACGAUGGUGGAUGAAAUGAUCCGUAAAUGUCUUCUUUCUGCUGUUACUAAUGUAUCAUUAACGGAACCCGGUGGACAGUGCGGUAGAAUGGCAACCAAUAAUGUAUUCGCAAUAAUUCCGCGUGCUAUGACAACAAAUAUUGGGGGGUCAGAGACAUUUGAUAGAACCGAUAAUUUGGCUACAGUACCAACACAUGAAAUGAUGAAACGAAUUAAUCAAUCCACAGUGCCACAAACAGUAUCAAAUAAAAUGCGUGUCAAUGUUAUUCGAGCACAACGACUCGGCGGUGAUCGCACAAUAAAUCAAUCAUAUGUUGUGUUGGAAAUGGAUGAACCAGCGCAAAAAUUUCAAACAAAAUAUGGACUUAAUAUUAGCCCAUAUUGGGAAGAAUCAUUCGAUUUUGAUUUGACACCAGCAUCCGAGGAGAUUCUAUUUGAAAUAUACGAGGGUAGUAGCAGCGAUACUUCUUUUAAUGCUCCAACUGAGUAUGUUGGAUAUUCUGGACAAAAAGAGCAUGAAGAUCAUCGAUUCUUAGGGCUUGCAAUUGUUAGCUUGGAUGAAGUGCGACAUUCUAGCGCUAAUAUUUUGCAUACAUUAAAACUGCAAGGGCGACCGUACAGAAAUGACAUAAUUACGGGUAAUUUAACCGUACAGUUCGAUUUCUACUAUGAUCCAAUGGGAAAUUCGAUAGGUAAAAAUUUGGAUCAAACUAUCGUUCGAAAUAGUGCUAAUCAAUUUCGUGAAAUAGUAAACAGCAGUACGACAAGGCCAGUAUAUGAUCCACGCGAUAGUUUUGGAGCAUAUGAUAAUCAUGAUAUGACAACAACGAAUACAACAACUGUCACCGUGAAAAAUGUCUCACAGCAAUCAUUAAACGACAAGAGUCAACCUCUAGUGUCAGGAAUUACGACAGUACAACAAACAUCAACAACACCUAUGGCUUAUGAUUCAUUGUAUGAGCAACGAAUCGAUGUUAGUGAUAUGCAACAACAACAACACUCAUACGAUAUCACGGUUCAACAACAAUCAUCUGGAUUGAACGAACGGCAAGGUUAUCAACAGGCUAGUAAUGCAACAACCGUUGGAAUGCAGGAACAUGUGAUACCUGGUAGUAGCACUACUAGCAUUCAACAUUUUAUCACUGGAACUAAAGAUCGUCAUAUUAUUGACACUGAUAACUAUCCUUAUUACAGAUAUGAUGAACAAGAAGCAGAAGUACUGAUAAAGACUGAAGCAGAAGAAGUGUCUCAAACUAAAGAAAUUAAUGAAAUGAGACAAUCUAGAGACCAAGUAAAAACGCGCAGUGAAGAGAAGACAGUUCGAAAACGUGAUCGUUCAUUCUUUAACGAAUUACGUGAGCGUCUAAGUGGCCGUCGACGUUCUAAACGACGCGCUAAAAGUUGUGAACCUGGAGGCGGUGAUAUGGAAGAAACUGUAUCAUUACCACCUUCUCGAGAUAUAUCAAGGACACGAUUUUCAGAAAAGUCAGGCAGUCGACAUGAUUUGGGAUCAUCUUGUGAUAAAUCGGAACAUUCUAUCAAAAGCCUUUAUCAGCAUAGUACUUUACUGCUUGAAACGCAUGAAAAUGGUCAAAAACGAUAUUAUCUGAUACCACAUGCAGUAUUAGACGAGCCAGGAGCGACAAAACUUCUAAGGCAAGGCAAAAAAUUACAUGUUCACAACGGUCAUACAUUUGUUGCCGUAAAAAGUCGAAGUGGUACGACUUGCAAUGUAUGCCAUCAACGAAUUGGACGAAGCAAUUUUACCAAACAAGCUUAUCAGUGUCGAGAUUGUUAUACUGUAUGCCAUAAGCCAUGCCAUUAUAAAACGGAAUCUUAUUGCACAACAAGUAAUGUCGACAAAUUGAAUAUAACGAAAGAUAUUGAUUGGGAAUAUCUUUUAACAAACAAUCAAAUCGAUGAAUUCAUUUCUGAAGAUGGCGUAUAA